AAUGACUCGCAGUGUUUCGAGUUUAUCCGAAAAUUUGACAGAUCUCGAAAUCACAUGUGCGGGGUUUUUUUUUCUGGAUAUAUUUAUCCCGCCCUUCCCGAGCUGGCUUUUGCAUCCGCAUUUACAAAUUCACGGACGGUAGCAGCGAUCUGUCUGUUCGGAAUAAUGGCAAACAUCUGCCUUGCAAGUUGCGACUCCUUGGACAUUCCCCUCGACGAUAAGCUUUUUGAGCGCGCCACAUCGAUAUACAACAAUCUCCCAGAAGUAUUGACACAGCCAUCCAUCGACGAACAUCUAAAUUUUUUCGGCAAUCUUGUUCUUUCCCAUGGUGUGCAGGAUGUCAUUGGCUUCCACCUGCCUCAUAGCCAUUAUCCCAUUCCCGACAACACCAUCCUGCUUGGGACCAAUAUCAAUGUCCAAGGAACGAACGUCGAAGCCCUUAUACGCCGCUGGGCCAAGCCCACUCCCAUAGAGGACGUGCGCGGCAAGCAGAUCCACGGACAUAUUUACGUCGUCAGAUCAGAUGGCUCCCUCCACCCCUACGAAUUCCAGCUCGGCCAUGCUCCAGAUCUUUCUGGAAUCGACCUUAGCCAUUUCCUUCGAGACUUCGCCAAAGCCGUGAAGGAAAAAGGGCUACAGAAAUUAAUUGCGCUCGAAGUCCUCGAUCCCGAAAACACUGACCGAACACUGUAUGAAUUCAUCGUCAAUCGGGUCAACCAUGUUCUGGUCGAUGCGUCAAUGGCAAAGGAGUUGGUGCAAACUCGGACAACUGGCUGGACAAUUAAAGGCGAAGGGAAUGGAGGGGUUCGCGUUCUGAAGAACACAGCUUACGCUCCACCCAAGGAGAAAGGGGACAGCCAUAUAGUUUACACCGAUGGGAAACCGGAUGCAAAACUGGAAACCGUUUCGGAGUUGGCGAGAGCGCUUGCGCACGUCACGGGUAAUUAGGUUUGUAGACUAGCGAAAGCACCGAUCGGUAAGGUUAGCACGCCUUUUGUUGCGCGAUUAUAAUUGACUAUCUUGUAUCGAUCAGCUAAUAUUUGUGCAGUUCAAGGCGGGGCAAUGUUGUCGGGAGGACGGGCACCGGGCUCGACAUCUCGUGGAUCGCAAGGGUACCCCGCAUUUGCAAAGGGCCGGGAGCUAGAUAAAAUCGUAUUUGGCACAUGCAGCAGCAGAUCUACGUGAUUUCCAAGGGAAUCGACU